GCAGGGCGACAAGAUGGUUAACGAAGCGCUGGGACAUGGUCAAGAAUCUGGGAGGGAGCAGGAGCAGCAGCUCUCCCCUCGACAGGUUGUGUCCAGAACGAUGGGCGACGUCCUCCACUCCCCAAGCCCUGGAGGCAGUCGCCUCGAUAUGGAAUCUUUCGACAUGCGCGCCGACCCCGAUGCGCAAGCAACCGUCACCGACUUCUUAGACUUCACCGAGUAUCUUCCGGCCGAUAUGACGCGCUCACUUAUUCUGAUCGGCGAACUCGACGAGAAAUACAUCAACGCUUCGAGCAACCUCUUCGGCCUGACCAAAAAGUGGGGAGAGCUACCGGGCAUGUCGGCCGAAGAGCGCCCAUUUCCUGCGCAGCUCAGGGCCGACAUUUCGGACUGCCUCAGUCAUGCCCUCAGCUCGCGUACAUACGCGCAUGCCGAAGCGGUGCGGAUGCAGGAGAACACAACCCGCCACUAUCUACGCGCCAAGACGAUUCUAGCCAAGCUGCAGACCAUGCUUGAGAACUACCCGACGGCUGAGGAGCAGGCAAAAAGCUCAAUGCCAAUAAACAAGACGCAAACCAACCGCGUCCCGCCAAUUCCACUGCGCGUCGGCGAUGGCCGCAAGGGGAGGGGCCGUCCCAUACCGCGCAUCACCGUUCCCGGAGAGGUGCUCGCACCCUACGAUCUAGACUACGCCGCAUGCAACUCGUCUGACAGCAGCUCUGAGAGUGAGCCCGAGGAAGAAGAGACGCCCGCUGGUGCCACGCCGGCACCUCAGCCACGCAUCAAAAUCGUGAAGACCCCGAAACAGCCCAAGACUCCCAAGCCGCCUAAAGCGCACAAGGAUUCCAAGACCCCUGGCACCACUAGACCAGUGCCUCCCGUUCCUGCUAUACCCAAAGAACUCCUGAAGCCACCGCCCGAAGGUGCUGUGAUUGGCAGUGCCGAUCUACCCUGGCUCCAACUGACACCCUGGGAGCUUGCCCGACUGCGGAAACGUAUGAAGAAGAAUGCGCAAUGGCAUCCAAGUGAUACGAUGAUUGCGCGCGAGUUAAAGAUGUUGGAGCGUGGACCGGAAGCUUAUCAGAAGGCAAAGCAGCUGGCAGAGGAGCAGGGGAAGCCAUUUGAACCUGCUGUGCCUACUUUGGUUGCCGACGCUAAUGGUGUCGAGCAUGCACCUAUGGGGGCUCUGAGCUUGGAUGCCGCUCUGGCUGCGGAAGACAGGCAGGGUAACAACCGCGGCCUGAAGCUUAACGUGGCUAAGAAGUUAAAGAGGGAGAAUCUUGCCCGUCUUGCAGCCGAAGAAGCUGAGGAAUCUGCUAGAAGGAUGGCAGAGACUGUAAAUGCUCUGCUUCACCCCAAUGCUCAGCAGGCCCAGAGCCGCGAGAACGCUCCAGAAAAGCCAGCCGCAGAGACACCUAAUAACAAAACCAUGCGAAAGUAUGGUGGACGGAAGAGAAAGCGGGACUCUGCCACCGAAGGUGACGCCGACAAAGGCAAUACUGUUGUGGAGCCUUCGUCGGCCUCGACCAAGCGCACCAAGAUGGAAACCCCGGUACCCCUUCCGCAACAGUCAUCUGGGGUCAGCCAGAACGGCCAACAAUCAUCUGCACAAACAAUAAUUGCGUCUUCUCAAACGCCCGUGCCACCCUCACAGCCAGCCAAGGAGAAGCAGAGUGUGACCCCUUCUGCCAAGCCGUCACCGCCAGAGUCGUCACAACCAACAAGCGCAACCGGGACAACCACCACAACUGUGCCCGUCAAGCCCCCGGGCGAACUGUCAUUACCGCCACAGUCACCAAAAAAGUCCACAACUCCUAUUCUCCCGCCCGUACGGGAGACCAGAAAGAGUCAAGCUGCGAAGAAAGAGGCAGCAACGGCUGCGGCCGCACAGCAGCCUACUGUACCAAAGCCGCCAGCCUCACGCUCUAGUACCCCAGGCCCCGUUACCAGCAGCCGUCCGACAUCUAGAGGAAAAGCGGCGAGUCAAGAGCCGCCAACUCUAGCAUCGGACAGGACGCGCCGCCAGAGUACGGCACGUAACACUCCUGCGCCGGUACCGGAGCCCCAGAGGCAACCAGGUAAAAGAAUCAAGCGGCCGGCACCCGGAGUCGUCAGCCGAACCAACUCGGGCGGUAGCAGCGCUGUUGGCAGACGAAAAGCAGCACCAAAGGUGACCAAGGCGGCAAGUAAGCUCAAAAAGGAGAGGGGCCAGCAAAUGGAGGCGGAUGUCGAGGUUGAAGUUGACGAUGAGGGCAACGUCAUUGACCCUGAUGAGCCGCGGUAUUGCUUGUGUAAUGGGGUCAGCUUCGGUACCAUGAUUGCAUGCGAGAACGAGAAUUGCCAGUAUGAAUGGUUUCACUUGGAGUGCGUCAAAUUGGAGGCAACCCCAGCACGGACAACGAAGUGGUACUGUCCCUCGUGUCGUGUGCUACUCAACAUUGGCGAGAAGGGAGAAGUCAGCGCAAGAGGUGUCAAGAUGUAG